GAGCGCGCACGUCGUCGUAGGCCACGCCCCCACCUCCGACGUUCCCUCCGCACGAGGACGAGCACGCUGUCGAGCGCGUCGCCGAGCGGCCGCUCCGCCUCGGCCUAGGGGCGGGGCUGCACAGAACGUGCCCCGAAACGCAGAGGAGUGAAGUGGACUCCACUGUAAGAGAAAUGGCAGCAUCUUCAUCAUCAUCCUCGGCAGGAGGUGUCAGUGGAAGCUCUGUCACAGGCUCAGGCUUCAGCGUCUCGGACCUCGCACCACCUCGGAAGGCACUGUUCACCUACCCCAAAGGAGCCGGAGAGAUGCUGGAAGAUGGUUCUGAGCGAUUCCUCUGUGAGUCCGUAUUCAGCUAUCAAGUAGCGUCAACACUUAAACAAGUGAAGCACGAUCAGCAAGUUGCUCGGAUGGAAAAACUCGCCGGUUUGGUGGAAGAGCUAGAAGCUGAUGAGUGGCGGUUCAAGCCCAUGGAGCAGCUGCUGGGCUUCACACCAUCCUCGGGCUGAGUCUGAGGUUGGUCGAAGCCACUCAGAGAAGGUCCUGGUUGCAGCCCCCCCCCCUCAUC